AUGGCUAGUGAGGAGAGUUUCGUAGUGUUGGUUCAUCACAGAGGAUCCAUUAAGAGAAAAACUCGUUCCAGUGUGAAGUUCACUGAUAAGGAUCCUCUGUGUAUGAUUGUUAGGCCUACGACGAGGUAUGAGGACCUUGUUAGCUUUGUACUGCUGAAACUUGGUCUCGAAGGUGUGAAAUGGGUUAAGAAAUUUUUCUAUCACAUUCCAAUCAUGUUUCCAAAGGUGAGGACACCAGAACUGUUGGCAAAGUUAGUUGACGUGGUAUCCAGCUCGGGGGGUUCGAACCGAAAUACCACCACUUUAGCCACGGUAGCCGGAUCUAGCUCCAGACCUACCGUUGCUUCUUCCUCCGUCCCUGCGUACGAGCCACCCGUCCAACCUGUUGCCUCCCCUUCGUUCGCUGUUGAUCUCAACCGCAGUGUAGGUGACGAGGCCGGAACAGGGGAAUUUCCACGAACCUCUUUACAGUGUGCUGCACCGGCUAGGGUUGGAGAUGGAUUUUUGGAUGAUCUAGAGGAUGAUGAUGUCGAGCCGGAUAUGAUUGCUGAUGACAGUGGCGAUGAUUUCGGAGCAAGUGAGCCUGCUGGGGCGGGCGGUGGUUUUAGCUCUGGCACACAGCAGUACCCUCCACAUUUUUCUUCUUUAGACUUGGAUGCCAUGAGGCAGGAGCGGUUUCCUGGGCAGCCGGCUGGAUUUGGCGCUAGAGAUGGUGAAGGGUCUGCAGGUAUGACAGAGUUUCAGGUUGGUCAACAAUUUCAGGAUAAAGGUGAGGCCCUGUUAAGUGUGAAGACUUACAGCAUCCGUCGAGGGGUACAGUACAAGGUCGUGGAGUUUGACUAUCGCCGGGUUGAUGCAUCCGUCAGCAUCAAGGUGCUCCUAAAUGCCACCGCCGCACACUUUGGGUUUAGGCCUACGUACAGGAGGGUCUGGUUGGCCAAGCAGAAGGCUGUUGCCCUCAUCUAUAGUGACUGGGAUGAUUCAUACAACGAGCUCCCAAGGUGGGUGUUAGGAGUCCAGUUGAUGAUGCCUGGUACUGUUGCAGUCCUUAGGACAAGUCCUGUUCGUAUCGGUGCACAGCUAGACGAGUCUCAAGCUUAUUUUCACAGACUAUUCUAG